CUAUAAUUUACAGAUCAAACUCUAAAUCACCAAAAUAGUCCUGAUAGAUAAACACAAACAUUUGUAGAACAUCACAAACUAACACAAUGGCUGAUCAACUUACUGAAGAACAAAUCGCUGAAUUUAAAGAAGCUUUCAGUUUAUUUGACAAGGAUGGUGAUGGUACAAUUACUACAAAAGAAUUGGGUACAGUCAUGAGAUCACUUGGUCAAAAUCCAACUGAAGCUGAAUUACAAGAUAUGAUAAACGAAGUCGAUGCUGACGGUAAUGGAACCAUAGAUUUUCCUGAAUUUUUAACCAUGAUGUCUUCAAAAGUAAAAGAUGGUGAUAACGACGAGGAAAUUCGUGAAGCAUUCCGUGUUUUUGAUAAAGAUGGUAAUGGAUUUAUCAGUGCUGCUGAAUUACGACAUGUUAUGACAAAUUUAGGCGAAAAAUUAACAGACGAAGAAGUAGAUGAGAUGAUCCGAGAGGCUGACCUGGAUGGUGAUGGACAAGUGAAUUAUGAAGAAUUUGUCAAAAUGAUGAUGACUAGGUCUUAAUCUAUACAACAGUGAGAUUAGAUUACCAUUGUAAUUUUGUGUUAUUUGCAAAUGCUUCAAUUGCUAGCUAUAUGCCUAAUGAUAUAUCACCUAUACAUUGUAUGUUACCUUUUGUUUGAUUCGUUAGUGAAUUGUCUGUUAAAAUUUUUACACUCUCAUAGGACAUUCUUCAGACAUUGUAUCAGAGCAUGAAAUAAGGAAUAUUCAUAAAUAAGACAUAUACCUUAUUUAAUGGUGUAUGCCUGAGUAGCUACUUAACAAAAAUCAUCCAAGGUUGUAGCCAUUGAAUUCAUAUACAGUGUUGAAUGCGUCAUUAUCUAAAAUAAAAAAGCUUAUACAUAUUUCAUUAAAUAUGGUAUUUGAAAAAGGGGGACGAGAGUUUUAGAGCAAAACAUUAUGUUAUUAUUUCUGUAGGUUCACCUAUUGUUUUGUAAAACCCAAACCCAAAUCUUGUUAUUAUUUAUGUGAUAUUUUUUACCCAGUUAUUAAGUAUAUUGUUGUUUAUAUAAUAAAUCAAUUAAAUUAAGGUUUUCGUGAAGAUC